AUGAACAUGGAUACCCCGGCCAUUGUUUACUCUGUCCUGUUUGCAUUGCUUGGCCUUGUAAGAUGUCAGGAGCUGCCAAGCUUUGAUCUCCUGGAACAAUUCAAGAUUACCCAAUCAUCAGCCGUGAAAAGAGUGGAUGGAUCGGAGCCUGAUAAGCUGGCCUAUCGUAUUAACCCAAACCUGCAUUUGAAAAAAUCUUUAGGUGAUCUGCAUCCCAAUGGCCUCCCCACAGACUAUUCCAUCAUUGCCACUUUUAAGAUGCUGGAAGACACCCCCAAAAGUGCCUGGGAUUUGUGGCAAAUCAGCAGCCCUGAUAACAGAGAACAAGUGGGAAUUCGUUUUUCAGGGGAGACCAAAUCCAUGGACUUCUUUUAUGGCACUCCGGAGAGCACACAGAUGCUGAGGACUUUCAGUAAUGUGGAGAAACUCUUUGAUGGAUCUUGGCAUAAGCUGGCGCUUAGUGUGAAAGGAGAUGUAAUGAAGCUGCUCAUUGACUGUAAAGAAGUUAGCACCAUUCCCAUUAAUGACCAGCGACCUGUUAUUAGAAAUGGGUACACCUCUAUUGUGAAACGAGCCAUUGAUGACUCAUCAGUAUCUGUGGAUCUGCAGCAAAUGGAACUUUAUUGUGAUCCAGAUAGAGCCAGUGCUGAGGGAUGCUGUGAGCUUUCAGAUGUUUGUGGUGGAAGAGCACAGCUUGGUGGUGGGAAUUCAUAUAUGUGUCAUUGCUCUCAUGGCCAGCCAGGUGUACAAGGGAGCCCAGGACCCAAGGGUCACAAGGGUUUUAAAGGCAAACAGGGAGAGCCAGGAAGAGUAGGCAACCUUGGUGUACGUGGAAGUACUGGGGACUAUGGCUUAUUUGGUGAAACGGGUCCUAAAGGAAUACGGGGCAUUAAAGGAGAAAAAGGAGUGAGAGGAAUUCAUGGUCAAAGGGGCGACCGUGGUCCCAAAGGAUUAAAAGGACUGCCUGGUGCUCUUGGUUUUAAAGGGGUACAAGGACAUCCAGGAGAUCGGGGAGACACUGGACUUCAAGGGACAGUAGGAGAUCGAGGAGAACAGGGCUAUUCAGGAAUACCAGGAUAUCAAGGAAUUAAGGGUGAAGAAGGCUUUUCUGGAGCUGAAGGGACAUCAGGACCAAAAGGCCGGCAGGGCAUUGUGGGAGAUUCUGGUGACCGUGGAACUCCAGGACAAAAAGGAAAACCAGGUGCACUUGGACCUGUUGGACAGAAGGGGGUUUUUGGAAUAAAGGGAAUUGUUGGUGAUCCUGGAAUACCUGGACGAGAUGGAGAUUCGGGUAUUGAGGCAUAUCAAGGGCCUCAGGGUGGUGAAGGAAGAACUGGUUCAUCUGGUGAAAGGGGUGAAAAAGGUGCGCAAGGACCUGAUGGACAUGAAGGCUUAAGAGGUAUACCGGGUCCAAAAGGUUACAAAGGCUCAGCAGGAAAACCAGGAAGACCAGGAUUUAUUGGUCCACCUGGAGCAACUGGCCAUCUGGGAUUACCUGGGAAACAAGGUUCUAAGGGCGAUAAAGGAACACAAGGAAUUCAGGGUGUUAAAGGUGAAAAGGGGCAAAAAGGAAUAAAAGGACCAAAAGGGCAGGUUGGAGACAAAGGAUUACCAGGGCCCCAGGGAGUAAGAGGUUCAAGGGGCAAAGGAGGGGAGCCUGGUCGCAUAGGGUCUACUGGAACAAAAGGUGUUCGCGGGGAUGGAGGUUUGGUUGGAUUCCAGGGACCUCCUGGACCUCCGGGACCAACAUUCCCAGCGGAGCGUGUAGUAGAAGUCUGCAAACGAGUAGUGAUGGAGCAGAUGUCAGUGUUUGCAAAUGUUGUGAGGAGGAAAUGUGCCACUGCUUGUCCUCUUUAUGGAGAUGUACCAAUGGGUCCCCCAGGUCCUCCAGGCUUGACAGGAUCUGCUGGAUCUCCAGGGGAGCCUGGUAUAAAUGGAGUCGACGGUGAAGAGGGACAAGAAGGUUUCUAUGGAGAAGCAGGCGAUACUGGAGCACAAGGACCACCAGGUGAUGUUGGAGCACCAGGAGAUAAGGGAGCUAAAGGCUAUGGAAUAUCUGGCCAUGUUGGUAAUCAAGGACCAAAAGGAAAACGAGGAAGAACCGGGACAGUAUUUAACGGUCAGCCAGGUCAUCAGGGACCCCGUGGACACCCAGGCCAGCCUGGCUUGAGAGGAUACCCAGGACUCCGUGGUGCUCCAGGAAUUUGCAUGGCUUCUGGAUGUGAGAUGAACAAUGCAACCGAAAGUACCGGGGCAGAGACCCCUCAAAGAGGGCCAAGACCUUCGACCCCUCAAAGAGGGCCAAGACCUUCGACCCCUCAAAGAGGGCCAAGACCUUCAUUACAGCGCACUUAGAGCCUGAGUCAUAUCUACAUUCAUUUAAAUACAAAAUCUGAUGGUUUUUCUAUUACUGGGAAAUACUCAUUUGCAGGGAAUAACUGCUGAACAUAUGUGCAGCUAGUAACAACAGCAGAACGAAGGAGAUGUCAUGACAGUGUCCACUUAUUCACACAGUUGCUUCUCCAGUAAAGUCCAGUAUCCUAAUUUCUACCAUUUGGUGGGUAAAGUUUUGCCGACGUCUGACUAUUUGAAAACUCUUUAUUUUAUGUAAGGCCUGAGUCCUCUAAGGAAACCAUAUAUUUAAGCAAUAAAGUGUUAUAAUUUGGAAAUGUAAAAAUGUUCUUGAUGUUACUGAAACCUGACAACUCAAGUCUGUAAUAAAAUGGUAAACAGAAAUAUGUGAUGUCAAAAAAAAAAGACAAAUCUGUUGUUUUUAAUAAAAUUCCAAAACUCUUUUAUUUGUUUUCCUUAAACGGAUUAACAUAAUUCUCUGGUGUCAUUCGACGUAUUAUUAUGAAAAAAUAUGACAGUCCCCGAGCCCCUGAACUGGAUUAAGCAGAUCGGUUUUAAAGUGACAGCUUGUUACUCUCCUGGAACUGGGAGUCCACUGGAGAUGUACAGUGG